AUGGCACGAGUCCAUUCACAACUUCUCUGGCGGUCGCAGCAAUAUGUCCAUCCAGAGUCUGACUUUCUCGGUCCCUGCCUUGGAAAGUCCGGCCAACCACUGCUGUGUACACCGCGGCCGCCACGAUCUGGCUUUGGGGGCAUCCAAGAGUCUGCCGUGCCCUUGGGCAGCUCGGAACACACCCAAGCUAACACGCUGUUCACUUUCUACGACGUGAAUCAGCGACUUGCGGUCGAGGUGGUGCUCAGUGAUGACGAGCGACGAACGGGUAUAAGAGAGGAGGACAAAGUCUGUCAAGCCGUACAUGAUCAGCGAGGCAUUCACCUGAAAUUUGUGAGCCGCAUCGACCACGAGAUGACUGCGGAAACAUCGGCGACGCAGUUCGCCCAGAGUACAAUCCAAGUAUGGCCUACACGAAUUGAGCCCUUCUUCUCAAGCAACUCCUUCCAGGAGUCACCAACAGAGAGCGGAAGUGAUACUGAGUUUCCCUUGACACACUCGACGGACAUGCGACCCGUAACACGUCCGCGAAGAGCGGAGACCAGGAAUCAGCGAUUGCCUAGCGAGCUGAUUAACAAGGUUCUAUGCCAGACCUGUCUGUGUUGGUCGGCAGAGCAAAUCGAGCCUUGGCGUCGAUCUGCUACAGAGCGCCGCUUCGUACCUGUCGACGCCGCGUUUGGCCCGAGUGGUCUGUUGUUGGCCUUCGAGCAUCAUUGUGAUGCCCGCCAUCACCGCAAGUUACUCUUUGAUUUCAUUUCCCAGGAGCGUCGUAUGGGCAGAAGUAUCCUCGGGUCAGCAAAGACUCUGUGGUACGUCUCGUUCGAUCCAAGUUUUGGGUUCGAAGGUAUGGAGAGGAGAGACGGGAGUUUGGCUACUCCGCGAGGGCCCUCAUACGGCUUGCAUCACAAUUAUAAGAAGCGAAAGCGGGAAGCGGAGCUGGAUGGCGACAACGAGCAAGACGUUAUUCCGAAUGCACAUGGGCGGCAGAGAGACGGCGAGACACGACGAACUCAGCGAAAGGAAACUCCGGACACUCUGCACUACGGCGAGAAAUCAAGUCCCAGAGCUGAUCCACCGCAACCGGCGUUGUCUACGCCGACUGCACAGGAGCCAUUGAUCUGGAAGGAAGACGCCAUGUACCUGCAAUUGCGCAAGGGGUGGUGGCUCCGCUGA